CUGCGCUGGGGCAGGAGCAGCAUCUUGAGCAGCGGGUGGGUGUAAAGCCAGAGGCCGCGGCGGGCCAGGCUCAGGACCCGCACACGGGGCUCCAGGAUCCGCAGCUCCAUGGCGCAGCCAGCAAGUGUAGAUUUUUCAGCUUAACCGAGACUCCCGAAGACUACACAAUCAUGUUGGAUGAAGACGGCUUCAAAGAACUUCACGCCUCUGAGUACCUACAAGUGGUCGAUUCCACCUGGCUGGUGCUUAACGUCUCGUCUAACGGCAGCGCCUCCCUCAGCCAGCCUAUAGGAGUCACCAAGAUUGCCAAAUCCGUCAUCGCACCCCUGGCCGAACAUAACGUCUCCGUCUUAAUGCUGUCCACCUAUCAGACUGAUUUUAUUUUGGUGAGCAUUGGGGGGCAGCCGGUUCCAGAGCCGGGAAGGGGGGGGUGUUUCAAAAGUAAAUGGGUGGUGGUGGUGUGACUGACACUGAGAGGG